GUUUUUCCAGAGUUUGCCGCUGCCCAUUCAAAUUUAGCAAGUGUAUUACAACAGCAGGGAAAACUGCAGGAAGCCCUGAUGCAUUAUAAGGAGGCAAUUAGGAUCAGCCCUACCUUUGCUGAUGCUUAUUCCAACAUGGGCAAUACUUUGAAGGAGAUGCAAGAUGUUCAGGGGGCUUUACAGUGUUACACCCGGGCCAUCCAGAUCAACCCAGCCUUUGCUGAUGCACACAGCAAUCUGGCUUCCAUUCAUAAGGAUUCAGGUAACAUUCCAGAAGCGAUUGCUUCUUAUCGAACUGCUCUGAAACUAAAACCCGACUUUCCUGAUGCUUACUGUAAUUUGGCCCAUUGCCUGCAGAUUGUCUGCGACUGGACGGACUAUGAUGAACGGAUGAAGAAAUUAGUUAGCAUUGUGGCUGACCAGCUGGAGAAGAAUAGGUUACCUUCUGUGCACCCUCACCACAGCAUGCUGUAUCCUCUCUCUCAUGGCUUUAGGAAGGCUAUUGCUGAGAGGCAUGGAAACCUCUGCUUGGACAAGAUUAACGUCCUUCACAAGCCACCAUACGAACAUCCCAAAGACUUGAAAGUCAGUGAAGGGCGGCUUCGUGUAGGGUAUGUGAGCUCAGACUUUGGAAACCAUCCGACCUCCCAUCUCAUGCAGUCUAUUCCAGGCAUGCACAACUCGGAUAAAUUUGAGGUAUUCUGUUAUGCCCUUAGCCCAGAUGAUGGCACAAACUUUCGUGUGAAGGUGAUGGCGGAAGCAAAUCAUUUCAUCGACCUUUCUCAGAUUCCCUGUAAUGGAAAAGCGGCAGAUAGAAUUCAUCAAGAUGGGAUACACAUUCUUGUGAAUAUGAAUGGCUAUACCAAGGGUGCACGCAAUGAACUCUUUGCUCUGAGGCCAGCUCCCAUUCAGGCAAUGUGGCUGGGCUACCCUGGGACUAGUGGUGCACUUUUCAUGGAUUAUAUUAUCACGGAUCAAGAGACUUCUCCCGCUGAGGUUGCUGAGCAGUACUCGGAGAAGUUGGCUUAUAUGCCCAACACUUUCUUUAUUGGUGAUCAUGCUAACAUGUUUCCUCACCUGAAGAAAAAAGCAGUCAUUGAUUUCAAAUCCAAUGGACACAUUUAUGACAACCGGAUUGUUCUGAAUGGCAUUGAUCUCAAAGCAUUUCUGGAUAGUCUGCCGGAUGUCAAAAUUGUGAAGAUGAAAUGUCCUGAUGGAGGAGACAAUGCAGACAGCAACUCGGCACUCAGUAUGCCAGUAAUUCCCAUGAAUACUAUUGCAGAAGCUGUGAUUGAAAUGAUUAACAGAGGACAAAUUCAAAUAACAAUCAAUGGAUUCAAUAUUAGCAAUGGAUUAGCAACCACUCAGAUAAACAACAAGGCUGCCACAGGCGAGGAGGUUCCCCGGACCAUCAUCGUCACCACUCGCUCCCAGUACGGCUUGCCAGAGGAUGCUAUCGUGUACUGUAACUUUAACCAGUUGUAUAAAAUUGAUCCCUCCACGCUGCAGAUGUGGGCCAAUAUUCUGAAGCGAGUUCCCAAUAGUGUGCUAUGGUUGUUGCGAUUCCCAGCUGUGGGAGAACCCAAUAUUCAGCAAUAUGCGCAGAACAUGGGCCUCCCCCAGAACCGGAUCAUCUUUUCUCCUGUCGCUCCCAAGGAGGAGCAUGUGAGGCGGGGCCAGCUAGCUGAUGUCUGCCUAGAUACCCCACUCUGUAAUGGGCAUACCACUGGGAUGGAUGUGCUGUGGGCAGGGACACCCAUGGUGACCAUGCCAGGAGAGACUCUGGCUUCUCGGGUUGCUGCCUCCCAGCUCACCUGCCUCGGUUGCCUUGAGCUCAUUGCAAAAAAUCGGCAAGAGUAUGAAGAUAUUGCUGUGAAGCUGGGGACUGAUCUCGAGUACCUGAAGAAGGUCCGUGGCAAAGUCUGGAAGCAGAGAAUAUCCAGCCCUCUUUUCAACACUAAACAGUACACGAUGGAACUUGAGCGCCUUUACCUUCAAAUGUGGGAUCACUAUGCAGCUGGAAACAAACCAGACCACAUGAUUAAGCCGGUUGAGGCCACAGAGUCAGCCUGAGAUUCUUUACACAUAGGAGCAUCAGCCCAGGACGUGAGCCUUGAGCCUCUGUUGGAAAGGGAAAGGGACCUAGAGACCUCUCCAUUUCUGCAUAUCUGCUCAUCCACACACACAACGGUAAUAAAAGAGCACAGCAAGACCUACUUCCUGCACAAUAAAUAGGGAGAGACACUAGAGGUGGGAAACUGCUGUUCCCCAAGGAAGCUGCAGAGCGCUCAGCAGUGCUCACAGGCGUUGUGUAGGUAUGGAACAUGGCAUUGGAUGGGAUAUGCUUGGUAGGGGACAGAGCUUGCCCAGCCACUUGCAAUUCUAUGGAUUGAUUGAGUCUUCUAUGAAUUAUUUUUUUCCUUAUACAUUGGGGAUUGGAGCUUUUUAAAAAAUGUUUAAUUUCAGGUAUGCUGAUGCGGCGUGUGUGGUUCCCUUCCCAGUUAUGGUUGCCAGCUAAAAUGUUGUUCCUUACUUCCUCACUGAUGGUCUCCGAUUUUGAGCCACAGAUUGAGAGAGGGGGCAUUUCUACUGGUGUAGGCUUUUUAUAGGUUUUAUAAACCGCUUGAGUCUAUGUCAGCCUUGUAGUGUCUGACCUGUUGAUUGGAGCUGUUUGUGCUUUUGGGUUUGAUGAUUUUUUUGUUUUGUCCUGCUCCCUUCCCUCCAGUCUUCCUCCACUCCUUGGGUUUUAUUUAAAAAAAAAAAAAGAAAAAAGAAAAAAGAAAAAAAAAGAAAGAAAAAAAAAAGGCUCUUCCAGCUCAGCCACAUGGGCUUCUUUGGCAGGAAAACCAUACUUAGGAUUUUACGUGAAUAUUCCCAGAGUGUUUUUUUUUUUUAAAACACAUUGGUGCCAAAUGCAGAUUUUUCCAGAAAUGAUUAGUAAUUAUGUAAUGGCACAGUCACAGUACUGUUGCAGAGAAUAAAUCUUUUGUUUUCCAAGUUUGGAUCCACCUUCCAGCGUUUACUGUUGUCAGAAAGGGAUGACGUACGUGUGAAACAUUUUGGCUCCAUUUUUAUGCUUAGGAUUUUUCUUGAAAUUUUCCUUGUUCUUCCUAUUUCUUUUAGCAGAAAUGAAAGCCCAGGUAAGUAUUCAGUCAUUUCAUUCAAUAAGUCAUGAUUGUCUCCAAUACAUUCAGUCGCUUUCAUUGGGAAAUAAUGUCACUUGAGAAGCCCUUUGGGGUUUUUGCUUCCAAAUAGUCUUCCUGCCCUGACCCUGCCUUCAAGUAUGUGAUGUCCAGAUUUGGCCUCAAUAGUGGCUUGACUGCAUUGCUACUUGAAUUAGGAAUUGGACCUCAGCCCUGCUGGUGCUGGAGAGUCUUCUGUGAAAUCACAGAACUAGAGGAGUAUUCCCAAAUUUCAGCAAAGGGCUUUAAGUUGAAAACAAGCCAACAGAUGAGUGUGUGUCUCUCUUGUCUAGCAGUCCUUGGUAAGGUCUGCUAGCGGCGCUGCUUUUCCAUGGCUGUUUGUGGCCGAGGCCUGGUUUGUAGCAGCCGGAGAAGCUUCAGGGUUCUUUGACAGAGCCUUCCCACUGAGCAGGAACUCUCAGAUAGAAUUUGUAGGUCUGCGCUGCUCUUUUCAGCAGUUUGGGAACUCCUUAAUUUAUUUUUCACCUCUUCCAACCAGUCAAGGACGCCAGAGCGCUUCCAGUUGAAUGAUGUUUUCAGUUCACAGAUCCCGAAAAUGGAUUCAAAUCCAAACUGUACCUUUUUGACGCCUUCUCACAUAGCACAUCACUCCUACAUGGGAGGAAUCUUCUGGGUGUGGAAAGUAUCUGCUGUGGUUGAAGCUUUGCUUAAUGUAACAAACAGGUUUUUGUUUCCAGGUAACGUGUCUGAUGAAGACUUAAUUCUGAAUAGAACUAUAGGUAUUACUGGAAAAUAAUUGUCUUUUCGAUUGUAUUCUGCUUUAUCAAACCAGUAAAAUAUUUCAAUUGUGCUACAGAAAUACAAAUAUUGUCUUGCAGUCUCUAAACAAUAAACACAAACAUUUGCCUCUGAA